AUGCGAGCUUCCAUUCUUUCAUUCUUCCUCGCUGCUGCCCCGGCGCUCUGCACGCCAGCCGCCAAUUUCAAUGUCACCAAGGAAACAGCAGCAUCCUACCAAUGCGGCGACGCUUGCUACUCGAUCCUUCAAGACACCAUGGCAGCCGACCGUGGUUUUGUUGGCACAGACUUCGACAACGAUUUCUACGCCGUUGCCAGCAACUUCUCGACUGCUCAGCCCGGCGAUCUGCUCAAAUUGAAGCCAGUCGACCCUGAAACCCUCACCGUCAUCUCCGGAGUCUCUGUCUAUCGCAUACAAUACGUUUCCGAGGACCUAAACGGAUCCCAUGUCCCCGUCACCGGCUACAUCGCUCUUCCAUUCUCUCUGCCGGAAAGUGGAGCCUUCCCUCUCGUCGCUUUCGCCCACGGCACGAUCGGCGCGAACGCCGGCUGCGCCAUUUCCAACGGCCCCAAUCUCUUCGACUACCACAGCUGGAGUCUUCUCAGCGAACGUGGCUACGCCCUCGUCGGCACCGACUAUGCCGGCCUCGGCACAAACCACACCACCCACAAAUACUGCGCCUUCCCCGCCCACGCCGCCGACCUCUUCCACUCCAUCACCGCCGCCCGCCAGGCCUUCGGCGCCGUGCUCUCCAAGCAAUGGCUCUCCGUCGGCCACUCGCAAGGCGGCGGCGCCGUGUGGAAGCUCGCCGAGGACAUCUCUCACCUCGCCGCCCGCAGCAACAACAACCCCGACGCCGCCGCGAACUACAUCGGCACCGUCGCCCUCGCCCCCGCCACCAAGGUCGUCGACAUGGCGCACGCCGCCAUCGCAAACGCCCUCGCCAGCCCGGACGACAUCCACGCCAGCUCCGCCGCCAGCCUGCUCCCGCUGCUCGCGCAGGCCGUGCAGCGCGUCUACCCGUCGUCGUUCAACGCGUCGGCUCUGCUCGGCCCCGUCCUGAGCGCGCGCAUGGACCUGGCGGAUGCAGCGCAGCUGUGCGCGAGCGGCGUGCUCGGGCUGACGCUGGAUCUGGACGCCGCACAGCUACUCGGCGGUAUCGCGUCCAUCACGAACACCACUUCCGCGCUGCUCAGCGCGUGGCAGGACCGGAUGGCGCCGACGAACGGCGCGAAGGCACACGGGCCGGUGCUGGUGGUGCAGGGCGUCAACGACACGGCGAUCCUGGCGGAGACGACGGUGCAGGCGUGGGAGGACGCGUGCGCGGCGGGCGGCGAGGUGCAUCUGAUGUUGUAUCCGAAGCAGGAUCAUUCGGGGUUGCUGACGGCCGCGGCGCCGGAUUGGUUGAGGUGGAUUGACGAGAGGUUUGGGGGCGUGGGGACGGACGGGAAGUGCACGAGGGUUACGAGGGAGGCGUUUGAUUAUAAGUAUGUUAAGGCGGAGCCGGAGGUGGAUCCUGAUAAUAACUCUGUUAACUGA